AAACUUCGAAGAGGCACGUGGUAGAUAAAAGAGUUUCCCUGACUACCAGGUGCCCAAUCCACUCUCCGACCAUCCUAAAAGUAAUACACAAUUGAGUUCAAAUAGGUAAAUAUAUAUUGUAUAUUUAAAGCGUACAGUUGGGUUCUACGAGAAGUAAUAUUGUCUCAAAAGAGACGUUUUCAAUUUUCUUUUAAAUGCAGUUAAGCUAACAGAUCUUUUUAUAUCGAUAUUGAGAGAAUUCCAAUAUUUGGGACCUGAAUAAAUAAUAGUAUUGUAGGCAAAUGUUGUUCUGGUUUUUGGAAGAUGAAAUGAAAAUGCUUGGCGUGUUGGAUAGUCAUGCAACUGGUUGUUUUUUAUGAACAUAUAAUUAAGUGCCGGAGGCAAGUCAUUAUUAUUCAGUUGAAACAUAAAAGAACCCAACUGCAAAAAGAAAAUAUCAGAAACUCUUAAAACACCCUUUUCUAAAAAGAGAGGACCUGUAUGAGCCCGUAUAUGGGCAUUAGAAAUUAUACGAAUUGCUCUCUUUUGGAUAACCAAAAUUUUAUCAAGUUGAAGCUUACUAGAAUUUCCCCAGGCAAGAAUGCCAUAGUUUAAAUACGGGAGUAAUAAAGUACAAUAUAACAUUUUGGAGUACAGAGAGUAUGGGUGUUGAGUCUUCAUCCUGCCAGUGUUACCCACCCAAACUGAGUAAAGUGGAAAAAGAUGAAUACGAUGUCAUCAAUGCUUCCUGCCAGAAAGUAGGACGUCAGUGGAUGAUCCCUUAUCCUUGGAAGAGGGAUCCAAAUCAUCUACCUGAUAAUAAGAUGCAGGCAGAGAGGAUGCUUGCUGGAACUGAGAAGAAACUGAGUGCAAGCUGGGCUGAGUUCAAAACUCUCAGUCCCUACAUCAAAGAGGGAAUCAUCAGAGUCGGCGGCAGAGUAGGAGAGAGAGUUGUUUCGUAUGAUGAAAGGCACCCAGUACUGCUACCACGUCAGCACCACAUUUCGACACUCAUAGUUAGCUACUUUCACGAGCAAGGUCAUGAAGGGGUAGCAACCACGGCCGCAAAAGUGAGACAGAAGUACUGGAUUGUGGGAGUUCAGAGGAUCGCCAAGACUGUGAAGUACAAAUGUGUGGUGUGCAGGAAAUCAGAACAUAGAGUAGAAUCCCAGUUUAUGGCAGAUCUUCCUAGUCAUCGUCUAGCACCAUACACACCGCCGUUCUACUAUACAUCGUGCGACUAUUUUGGUCCAUACCAGGUUCGGGUUGGUAGAAACAAAACAAUGAAGCAUUACGGUGUGAUCUUCACGUGCUUGAAUACGAGGGCAGUGUAUCUAGAUGUCGCUGUCGACUGCUCAACAAUGGAGUUCCUUCAAGUAUUUCGCAGAUUUGUAGCAGUCAGAGGUUACCCAGCAGUCAUCUACAGUGACAAUGGUACUCAGUUUGUGGGAGCUGAGAAGGAGCUUCGAGCUAUGGUACAAGGCUGGAGUGAAUCUCAGCUGAGAGAGUUUUGUGCCGAACGAGGAAUCCAGUGGAAGUUUGUGACACCAUCUGCGCCACAUCAGAAUGGAUGCGUCGAAUCCCUAGUGAAGAGUUGCAAGAUAGCGCUACGCAAAGCAAUCGGAGAUCAGAUCCUUCGUCCCUUUGAGCUACUUACCUGUUUGACUGAAGUCGCAAAUUUAGUGAAUCAGCGCCCUAUUGGCAGAGUGCCCAAUGAUCCAGACGACGGUUCCUAUCUUUCGCCCAAUGACAUGUUGUUAGGACGCGCAUCUACAUCAGUUCCACAAGGACCAUUCCGGGAAACGCCUAAUCCAAGGCAUCGAGUUGAAUUCGUACAAAGAAUCAUAAACUCUUUCUGGAAGGUUUGGAACCGAGACGUAUUUCCUCUACUUGUUCCUAGAAGAAAGUGGAAUGUCGAGAAACGCAAUGUUCGCGUUGGUGAUAUUGUUUUGAUGUCUGAUCCUAAUUCCGUUCGCGGAAAAUGGACACUAGGUAAGAUAGUUAACGUCUACCCAGGGUCAGACAGCAAGAUAAGAAACGUUAAAGUUAAGACAAAGAAUAAUGAAUAUCGGAAACCAGUCACAAAAAUAGUGGUAUUGUAUCCUGUAGAAGGUUACGAGGAUUAAAUUUGAUUUCAAUGUUUAUAUGUUUAUGUAAAUGGGAACAAAGUGCCCAUUGGCGCGGUGGAUGUUUCGUUGAACAAGUAUUUUUUCAUAUGUAUUUCUUUUGGUUUAGUUCAGAAGGCAUAAUUUGAAGACACCUUAGAAGUUUACGUUGACUGCAAAAUUGGCCUGUUAAAAUUAGGCAGUUAUCUACAUGUGCAGCGAGCAUGUUUGGAGCUGUUUCGCUGUAGUUUUUUAGGAAAAUGAGACCGUGAGGUUUCAUUUCUGACUUUUCAAGUUAUUGGUACUUUCCGCCAAGAAAGUGAGUAAAGUAUGAGUUAAACAAGAUCCAUUUAUGUAAUGUACAAAUGUGAAAAUUUGGAACGGAAAGUGUACGAGUCAAGUGAAAGUUUUACGCAUGUAUAAAGCGCCCAUUGCAAGCGGCU